AUGGAGUUGUAUGUGGACAUUGCCGGAGCAGAGGAUGUACCAUUACCAGUGAGGUCAGUUGCUUUAGAUUCUCACCGUCUUGCAUCAAAGUCUACCGCUCAUGCUUCUCCAGUUGCUAACAUUUCUGAGGGAGAUGAAAAUGAUCAGACUUGGGUUAUGCAUGAUGACGACGACGAUGAUGAAAAUAUCGCAAUGGAAGAACGUCUUUUGGCCAAGGAUGCUAGUGCUUCAGAAGGAGAUGAGGGUGGUGAUAUGGGCGCGUCUCAAAUCCUAGUAUACCAUGAAACAGUGGAGUCUCAAAUCCUGCAACUUAAUUAUGUUGGCUCUGUGCAAUUAGGAGAUCAUCAUAAAGAGGUUCAAAUGGCACUGAGGCACAACCUUAUGAGGGAGCAUCAAGAUGUAAUCGUAAUUGAGAGCACACCUGCAAAGUUAAGCAUAAAAUGUGCGGCGUAUGAUAAGGGUUGUCCGUGGCGCGUUAGGGCAAUAAAACAAGUGUUUGAUGAAAAUUGGAAGAUUUCUAGAUGGGGUGGGGAUCACAAUUGUUUGAAUGACCACAUUUCUCAAGGUCAUAGACAGCUCGAUGCUGACAUCAUUGCGGAGCUCGUUCUAGAUGAUAUUGUGCUUAUUGAUGAGACGAAAGACAAUGUUAAUAAGAAACUUGAUUUAUGGAGAAGCACUUUGGAGUAUAAAGUUUUCACGUUAAGCCGGAGCAAGACUGAGUAUAUGAAGUGUGAGUUUUCUCUAGUAAAAGAUGGAGAUCAAGACCCUGUGCAUCUACUUGGUCAAGAGAAGGGAAUGGAGAAGGAGAAACAAGUGCCAUCCAAUGUGGGACUUCAAAGUGAAGGAUCAACUGCAAUUGACGAAGCCCUUCCCGGGUGCAAAAACACUUGUGGAAAUGUUUCCAUUCCAUAUCCAUUUGGCAUAGGCGCGUCAACUGUCACCGGUAAAAACUGUUUCUUGGAGGAAGGAUUGCAACUUAGGUGCGACAACAAGUCUACUUUAUAUGACGGUACUCGCGGUAAUGUUCAAAUUUUGAACAUAACCCUCCAAGGUCAAAUGGACCUGUUAUUUUUCGUCUCCAAGGUUUGCAAAAUAGGAUUCGAUAGAAAAGAAACACAAGGUAAUGAACCCUACCUUAGAACCCCAGCUUACACCAUUUCUAGCGAGCAUAACAAGUUUGUGAGUGUAGGAUGUGACACUUAUGGUUAUCUAAAUAGUUUUCAUGACGGUGAUAAAUAUUCAACGGGGUGCUUAACAAGAUGUAAUAGCAUAGUUGAUAUGCAAAGCGAUGGAAACUGCACGGGGAUAGGAUGUUGCCAGGUUGAUAUUCCUCCUGGAAUGAAGAAUAUUACUUUACAAGCAUUUAGCUUCAACAACUUCAAUGACUCUUCGGAAUUCAACAAUUGCAGCUCUUCCUUUGUUGUCAAAAAAGGUUACUAUAAUUUCUCUUCGAGUCAUUUAGAGGAUUUCCCAUACGAGAAUGUUCCCUUAGUAGUUGAUUGGGCUGUUGGAAAUGAGUCAAAUGACACGUGUGAAAAAUCAAGGAGGGAACCCAACUAUGCAUGCAAGAAGAAUAGCGAUUGUGAGGACUCGGCCACUGGAUAUGGUUACCGAUGCAAAUGUAAACAAGGUUACCAGGGAAACCCAUUUCUUCCUGAUGGUUGCCGAGACAUUGAGGAAUGUAAGAAUGGUUUACAUGACUGCAUAAGCGAUCAAAAUUGUCGUGAAACCGAAGGGAGUUUUGAAUGUUUCUGCCCUGAUGGACAAUUCGGAAAUGGAAAAAGGGAAGGUGGAGGAUGCCAACAAAAGCGAGACGCUGCACUUACCAAGAUUCUCAUUGGUGCAGGUGCAGGAUUAAUGGCUCUAUUUGUGAUGAUUUCUUGGCUAUACCUUAUAUUCCAGAAAAGGAAACUCAUCAAACUGAAGGAGAAGUUCUUUAAGCAAAAUGGGGGUAUCAUUUUGCAACAGCGACUCUCUGCAGGAGAGAACACUUCUCAAUCUACCACAUUGUUCACAGCAGAGCAACUUAAGAAGGCCACCAACAAUUAUGAUGAGAGCUUAAUCAUCGGCAGAGGAGGUUAUGGUACUGUUUACAAAGGAGUUUUGUCAGAUAAGAGUAUUGUUGCCAUCAAGAAAUCCAAAAUUGUGGAUCAGAGCCAAAUUGAGCAAUUCAUAAACGAGGUGAUUGUGCUAUCACAAAUUAAUCACAGGAAUGUGGUCAAACUUUUGGGUUGUUGUUUAGAGACAGAAGUUCCUUCACUGGUUUAUGAAUUUGUUAACAAUGGUACCCUUUUUGAUUAUAUACACAAUGAAGGCAAGUCAGGUAAUGUACCUUGGAAAACACGUCUAAGGAUAGCAGCAGAGGCAGCAGGGGCCCUAUCUUAUCUGCACUCAGCUGCUUCUAUACCAAUUAUACAUAGAGAUGUGAAGACUCCCAACAUUCUCUUGGAUGAUAGUUACACUACCAAAGUGUCUGAUUUUGGAGCAUCAAGAUUGGUUCCUCUUGAUCAAACUGAAUUAGCCACAAUGGUGCAAGGAACUAUUGGUUAUUUGGACCCAGAGUACAUGCAAACGAGCCAACUUAAUGAGAAAAGUGAUGUGUAUAGCUUUGGAGUAGUACUUAUAGAGCUGCUUACAGGGGAGAAACCUCUUUGUUUUGACAGGUCAGAAGAGAAAAGAAGUCUUGCUAUGCACUUUCUAUCUUGCUUGAGAGAGGAUCGCUUGUUUGAGGUUCUUCAAUUUGGCAUUUUGAAUGUAGAAAAUAAGGAGGAGAUCAAGGAGGUUGCUAUUCUUGCAACAAAGUGCUUGAGACUAAGAGGGGAGGAGAGGCCUAGCAUGAAAGAAGUGGCAAUGGAGUUGGAGGGAAUAAGGCUAAUGGAAAAGCAUCCAUGGAUCAACACAGACGUGAAUCUAGAGGAGACUCAUUACUUGCUUCAUGAGGCAUCAUCUAGCAUUCAUGAACAUGGUGAUAGUAGCAGCCAUCAAAAUAGUGGCUAUGACAGCAUCAAAGAUCAUGUACUCAUUGACUUCGAUGAUGGAAGAUGA